AUGUUCAAGGGCGACGAAACAGGAAUCGAAAGGGAUUUCCAAGAGAGUUUAAUUCGUAGUAGGACUCAUUAUCCUAAUUAUCCAUUUUUAAAGAAAAUUGUCUACAACGUCUCAUGGUAUGCUAUUGACCAAAUGUUAGAGGAUAUGAGAUUUGGAUCUAACAUUGGCUGGGAGGAUGGUAGGUGUAUAUGCAAGGUGACGACGACCAUGGGCCUACCUUGUUCACAUAUGAUAAGAAACUUUCAGAGGGCUGGAAAAUUAAUCCCCAUCGAUGCAGUUGAUCCUUUUUGGAGGCGCUUGACAUUUAAGCUACCUCCAAGAGAUGAGGGAAAACAUUCCUUUCAAGAAAUGACUGUUUUCACAGAUGUCCAAGAAAAGUGGGAAAAGGCUUCCGAGAGUGGAAAACAAGUGAUUGAAGCAAGCUUGAAAGAAAUAAUUUACCCGCUUACUAGUACAAAAUCUGAGCCAACAGUGAAUGAGACACCCAAAGUUCGGCCAACAACCAAAAAGAAAGAGAAAACUAGGAUUCAUUCGUUACAUGAAAGGAUUGCGAUGCUAUAUCCUCCUGUAAAGGUGGCGCCAAUGUUACGGGAAAAACAAGUUCACCAAGAUCAUUACUUUCAGAACCCUCAUUACUUGAAGGACAUGCCAGAACAUGUUCUUCCUUUUAUUUUAUCGACGGAGGAUGUUGCAAAGGAUGGAAAUUGUGGAUUCCAUGUCGUGGUUGAGGCGUUGGGUUUAAAGGGUAGCCUUGAGGUUGGAGAACUUGAUCCAAUCAGUUAUGUAAGAGACAAGAUGGUUACCAAUCUCUUAAAAAAUCAAAAUAUGUAUAAGAAAAUGAUGACUGAUGGAGAAUUUGUGGAAUUGGUGAACCGUAUACGGCCUCUUUCCGAAGAAGAAUAUUUAGUGCUUCCUAGCGGUAAAUAUAUUGUCCCCUCUGAUCGAUGGAUGCUUAUGCCAAAAUGUGGGUUUGAGAUAGCGGAGACAUUUUCUUGUGCAGUGUAG